AUGGACGAGAAAUCCCGGACCGGUAAACGAGUUGCGGCAGCUUGGCACUCCCUGUCCAUCGCCGUUUCCGGCAACCCGCCCACCGUUCCUGAAGAAGACUUGCAGGCGGCGGUUAUCGAUGACGAACAUGAUGUUGACUACAAGUCCAAUCCAGAUGUUGCUGCACCACGUGCUUUCAGAAGGACUGGGACUGCGACGCUGUUGCGCCGUAGUGAGAUAAAACGCCUGGCAUGUCUCUGUCUCUGUCUUGUUUUGUGGAUGGCUGGUGUUCCAGAUAUGUUAGCUCGAGUUCUUGGUCGGUCCGUGGGAUUGCAGAAUCAGAAGGCUUCGGCACUGGAUCGGACUUUGCGGUUGACUGAAGAUGGCACAUUUCAAAUAAGUGUUUUUGAAGACUUGCAUUUUGCGGAAGAUUCCAAUAAAGAUGUCCUUACCAACAAGGUCAUGGACCAUGUUCUCUUCAAGGAGAAGCCGCAGCUUGUGGUUAUAAAUGGAGAUUUGAUCUCCGGUGAAGCUACCAAGAGCUCCAACUCCAGCAAGUAUCUGGAUCAAGUCGUCUCUCCCAUGGUGAACGGGAAGUAUCUGUGGGCCUCGACUUAUGGAAACCAUGACAGCGAGAUCAAUCUGGAUCCACGAAAGGAUAUAUACGACCAGGAAAAGAAAUACCAGAAUAGCCUGACCCAGAGCUUGGUCUCCGGUUCAAAGGCUGGAGUCACAAAUUACUACUUGCCAGUGUUUUCACACAGUGGAUCCGAAUGUGAUACACCUGUGCUUCUGCUAUGGUUCUUUGAUUCAAAAGGUGGACACGAGCCAACCAACCAAGUAUCCAAACGCAAUUCGAUCGCAAGGCCUGACUGGGUUGACGAGUCUGUGGUUGAAUGGUUCAACCAGACAAAAUCGAAUCUGAAGGACAAGUAUGGGAAGGUUGUUCCAUCAUUGGCUUUCUAUCAUAUUCCCGCCGAUGCUAUGCGAGUAUAUCAAGACAAUGGGGUUGAUUCCCACAAAUCCCCUGGCCUGAACGGAGAAACGGUGGUUCAGCAGGGAUCCGGAGCUAGUCCCUAUACUGGCCAGGAUUCACCAUUUAUGCGAGCCCUUUUAGAUACCUCGGGUCUCAUGGCUACUUUCAGUGGCCAUGACCACGAAAACGACUGGUGCUUCAAAUGGGACGGGAAAACAGUUGCUCAGAAUCUGUCCGGCAACGGGCUCAACAUGUGUUAUGGUCGGCAUACCGGUUAUGGUGGGUAUGGCAAUGCGGUGCGAGGUGGCAGACAGAUCCUCCUCACUCAGGAAACCCUGGCCGAUGAGGUUGAAACUUGGAUUCGAUUGGAAGAUGGGACUAUCUCGGCACAUGUCACUCUGAAUGGAACAUAUGGAGAUGAUCAAUACUCGCCUGUAACGCGGGUCGCGCCGCGAAUGGAAAGUGGAAGUUUCAGCCUUCAUUCAUCGUCUUUACUUCAUAUGAUCUACUUGUGGCUUCCGAUUCUGUUGGUUUGGCAAUGGAGACGUUGA